CGUCAUAAAGAUGGCGCUGUCCAUAGUGAGGCGUGCUGUGCGGGGCCGGCUGAGCAGUGGAGUCCGCACUCUGACCGCUCACCCGCAGCGCGGGGCUCAGAGCCCCGCCCCUCGCGUCUUUUCGGGGAUCCAGCCCACCGGGAUCCCGCACCUGGGUAACUACCUGGGGGCGCUGCAGAGCUGGGCGCGGCUGCAGGAGGAGUUCGGCUCGGUCCUGUACAGCAUUGUGGACCUGCACUCCAUCACUGUGCCCCAGGACCCGGACGCCCUGCGGAGGAGCGUGCUGGACAUGGCCGCCUGCCUGUUGGCAUGUGGGGUGAACCCUGACAAGAGCUGCCUCUUCCAGCAGUCCCAGGUCCCGGAGCAUGCCGAGCUGGGAUGGAUUCUGAGCUGCCUGACCUCAAUGCCACGGCUCCGCCAUCUGCCGCAGUGGAAGAUGAAAAGUCAGAGCCAGAAGAACGAGGGGAGCGUCGGGCUCUUCAUCUACCCUGUGCUGCAGGUGGCGGAUAUCCUGCUCUACCAGUCCACGCACGUUCCAGUCGGCGAUGACCAGGCCCAGCACUUGGAGCUGACGCAGGAUGUGGCACGGAUCUUCAAUAACCAAUACGGAGAAUUCUUCCCCAUCCCCCGAGCUCUGAUGAGCAGCGCCAAGAAGAUCCGCUCCCUCCGAGACCCUUUGGUGAAGAUGUCAAAAUCAGACCCUCAAAACCUGGCCACCGUGCGGCUGACGGACACCCCGGAUGAAAUAGUCCUGAAAUUCCGCAAAGCUGUGACGGACUGCACCUCAGAGGUGACCUAUGACCCUGAAAGGCGACCGGGCGUCUCCAACCUGGUGGCUAUCCACAGUGCGGUGAGCGGCCUCACCCCCGAGGAGCUGGUGCGGCAGAGCCGCGGACUGGAGACCGCGCAGUACAAGCUGGUAGUGGCAGAGGCGGUGAUCGCCCACCUGACGCCCAUCCGCGAGGAGUUUCAACGACUCAGGGGGGAUACAGGGUUGCUCACAGAGGUGCUGACCCGCGGGACUCAUGCGGCGCGGGAGGUGGCCACUCCUGUAUAUGACACGGUCUGCAGGAUGGUCGGGUUAAGGUGACAACGCCCCGCGGCCUGUCCGCUCCUACAAUUAGUUCUGCAACUUUCUAAUUCCUUUUGCUUUUUUUAAGGAUCUCUGCUUCCUGUCGGUGAAUGGGAAAAUUCAUUGUUUACAUCCAGAGGCUGAAAGCUCGUCCUGCUAACGUAGCUGAGUGUUUGUUACAGUGUAUAGACCACUCCUAGUGAGGGAAACAACUUUCACCUGUACUGAUACAUUGUAACAAGCUGCCCUGCUGUGUGAGCAGGACUGGGUCGUCACAUGGUGUAAAUCAGGCUGCUGUGGACAACACCUCCACUCAAUUUUCUGAGAUCCUAUUGAAAAACAAUCAGGCAUGUCACUGACAGCAAGCAGAGCUCUUGAAGAUGGUGAGGAAUUCAAACACUAUGAGAAAGUUGUAGAUCUUUUCACCAUGAAAUGUACAGUGGAGUCAAGAUGGUCUUGGAACAGAGUGGCCCUUGUAGUGCAGACCUGGACUACUACUCCCAUCAUCCGCUGGAUGCACAUCUCUCUUCAGACAAUGGUAUUAUCCUUGCAUACACUUUACAAUUUAUUUUUAUAUUGUAAAAAUCCUGUUAAUCUGCCCCUCAGGCAAUGAGACUAAUGCCGGAUUAUUAACCAUUCCGAACCAUCGGAUGGCCCGGGGGGCAGUUAUUUCUCUGCGGCUCGCGUCACACACAGGGAUUUGGGGCAGUUUUUUGAGCCGAAGCGAGAGAUAAAGGACGGACGUCUGAUUCUCCAACCUCCGGCUCAGCGAUUAUAUAACGUAAAGGCGUCAGGGGGAGGUAUGGCUUCUGCUCAGUCCGGAACAUUCUGGAUUAUUGGACAUUUCUGUAAAAGAUAAAUAAACCAAUAAAUGUAAUG